CGCCCGGCGCCGAGACCAUCCCGAGGCCGCUGGAAAUUGGCUCCUGCUGCAGCGGACGCGGAGACCGGCGCGGACCAGCGCGUUCCCUCCGCCGGAGCUGCGAACUCGGGGAAAGAGACGCCGCGGCGGCGGCGGCGGCCGCCGUUGGAAUGCAGCGCGGGGAGCAGCGCAGCUGGCUCAGGACGCCCUCCGCCUGGGCUGCCCUUUUCCUCCUCUCGUGCUGCGCCCGGGCUUUAAUUCUACAUGUUGCUGCUGAAAAUGAAAAGGAUUGGACUGAACUCCUGUCAGAGAUGCCUGGAAAAAGUGGGAAUUCAAGUCAAAUAAGCAAAGAGCUAAAAGAAAUAGUGUUUGUCAUCCAGAGUCAGAGGAAUUCUUUUCAUUUGAAGAAAGCAAAUGAUCUUAAACAAAGUAUUUUAAAACAGGCUGCCUCUGUGGGAAAGGAAAUGCCUACAGUUCUGCUUACUCAUCAGAUGGACAGACAUGAAGGGACAUGGACUAUUUUACCAUUAAUGCAUGAGUUUUCUGUUUCAUAUGGCAGAAACUCCUCAUGGAUUUUUUUCUGUGAAGAAGAUACAAGAAUACAUAUUGUAAAGCUACUGAAAACACUUAGAAGAUAUGACAAAUCUAAGGAAUUUUUUUUAGGCAAAGCACUACAUGAUGAUGAAUCUACAAUUAUUCACCAUUAUGCCUUUGCAGAAAACCCUACAGUUUUUAAAUUUCCAGAUUUUGCUGCUGGCUGGGCACUUAGUAUUCCACUUGUAAAAAAGCUUGCAAAGAGACUGAAGAAUGAACCUUUAAAGUCAGAUUUUACAAUAGAUUUAAAACAUGAGAUUGCAUUAUAUAUCUGGGAGAAAGGGAUUGGACCACAACUCACCCCAGUAUCUGAAUUCUGUACAGAAGACUUCAACUCUCCUAACGUUGCUCAUUGUGCCACUACAUUCACUAGCUUCCUCCCACUAUGUGGUGAUCCUGUGAAGAAGACGAAUAUCUUUAUUGCUGUAAAAACAUGCAGAAAAUUCCAUGGAGACAGAAUACCUAUUGUGAAACAAACCUGGGAAGGAGAGGCCACUUUCAUUGAGUACUACAGUGACUAUGCAGAAAGUUCAAUACCUGCUGUUGAUAUAGGAGUACCAAAUACUGAAAGAGGCCAUUGUGGAAAGACUUUUGCCAUUUUGGAAAGAUUUUUAAAUCGUAGUCCUGCUACAAUGCCUUGGUUAGCCAUUGUGGAUGAUGAUACCUUGAUAAGCGUCUCUAGGCUCCAGAAAUUACUCAGCUGCUAUGACCCAAGUGAGCCAGUGGUUCUUGGGGAACGCUAUGGCUAUGGUUUAGGAUCGGGAGGCUAUAGUUACAUUACUGGUGGAGGAGGGAUGGUCUUCAAUAGAGAAGCAAUCCAAAGAUUGUUUGCUAGUAAAUGCCGGUGCUACAGCAAUGAUGCCCCUGAUGAUAUGGUAAUUGGAAUGUGUUUCAGUGGUUUAGGAAUUCCAGUUACACACAGCCCUCUCUUCCAUCAAGCUCGACCAAUGGAUUAUCCAAAGGACUUCCUAUCCCAUCAAGUUCCAAUAUCAUUUCAUAAACACUGGAAUGUUGAUCCAGUAAAGGUUUAUUUCAAAUGGUUGGCUCCAAAAGUGCAAGAUUUGGAAUAUGGAAGUAAACAUGUCAGAGAGGAUUUAUAAUCUGUGAAAGUAUUUAAAUAUUGGUACAGGCUUAAUAUUUAGAAUAUAGAUUGGAUUUUAUUGCUCUAUUUAUAAUUACUUGUUGCCCAUAUUGUACAAGACAAUAAGGGCACAAUCCAGUACCACUUUUGGCACAGUAUGCUGUUUUCUCCCUUUUGGAACACUAUAAUUUGUAUGACAUAAUUAGAACCACUGUUUAGGGAUAUAGUGUCUAUGCACAAGCCAUUUAAUCCCUUUAUUGCCACAUUGUGCAUUCCUUUGGGUUGGUACUAAUGAAGGAUGGCUUGGAAACAAGUUUAUAUUGAAUCCUGUGAGAGUCCUCCACAUAGUAUUCACAGUUGCACUAGACCAUGCUCUGAAUAUCGCUGUUAAAAAUAAAAGGGAUACAAAGUCAUAUUUGUGCACAUA